GGCUGUGCAGGGAGGGGGCUGGGGGCCGGUGUUUGGCAGCCCGGGGGUCACUCUCCCAUGCGGGUUUGGGGAACCGAAGGCUCGGAAACGCCGGGCCCCUGGGCCCCACUUUCACUUUCGUUUCUCCACCGUGACACCAGCAGCGCAGAGCCUGCACUGCGGGGAGUCAAGAAGCCUGAACCCGCCCCGGGCUGAGGUGCUUCCAGCAGACUCCCUGCCGCUGUGUCUCUGCCGGUGUCCAGGCCCUUUGGGUACGCCCCCCCCCCCGCCCUUUGCCAUAGCGUCAUGGCCUCGGACGCCCCGUCCCUCUCAGACGCGAUAGCCACCGACUUCCUGACCUGCCCUAUCUGCCUGGAGCAGCUGCGUGGGCCCAAGAUCCUGCCCUGCCUGCACACCUACUGCCAGGGCUGCCUGGACGGGCUGCUGGGCGACGGGCCGGGGCUGCGGUGCCCCGAGUGCCGGGAGGACGUGUCCCUGUCGCAGGGGGUGGCCGGCCUCAAGACCAACUUCUUCGUCAACGGGCUGCUGGAGCUGCUGCGGCCGGUGGGCGAGGCGGGGCUGACCUGCGCCCUGUGCCCGCUGAUUGGGCAGGAGGACGGCCGCCCGGCCGUCUCCCACUGCCUGGACUGCACCGACAGCCUGUGCCAGACCUGCACCGCCGGCCACCGCUGCUCCCGGCUCACCCACGCCCACCGGCUGGUGAGCCUGCAGGGCUACCUCUCCGGGGAGCACGACGAGGAGAUCCGGCAGCGCCAGGCCGUGCGGUGCCCCGAGCACCCGGCCGAGGAGCUGCACUUCUUUUGCCGGCCCUGCGCCAGCCCCAUCUGCCGGGAGUGCCGGCUGGGCCCGCACCUGGAGCACCCCUGCCAGACGCUGGAGGAGGCGGCCGUGGCCCAGCGGCCCCGGGUGGCCGAGCUGCUGGCCAGCGUGGAGGAGACGGCGGGGCGGGUGGCCCGGGGGCGGGCGGCGCUGGAGGAGGAGCUGGAGCAGCUGCGGCGGCACGAAGCCGGCCUGCAGGACGUGGUGAAGCGCACCUGCGCCAGCCUGACCCAACGCCUGCUGGCCCAGCAGGAGGAGGUGCUGGCCGCCCUGCGGCGCCACGUGGAAGGGCGUGAGAAGGAGGCCGGCCUGCUCCGGACUGAGCUGGAGCGGCAGGAGCAGCUGGCCCACGGCAUGGCCGACGUCGCCCGCAACGUUCUGGCCCUGGGCCGGCCGGUGGAGAUCGUCUCGCUGGAGGCCUUGAUUAGCCAGCGGCUCAGCCAGCUCCGGGGCUUCCGCUGGGAGCCCCUUGGGGGGCUGCACCCCCGGCUGGUCGUCCGCGCCGAACUCCAGAGCCUGAGCGGCCUCUUCCAGCUGGACCUGGGCGAGGCCGAGUCGGACGGCCGAGGGGAGGACAGCGGCCAGCGUGACGCCCCUGCCCCGGGGCCACCAGCCCCUGCCCCGGAGCCGCCGGCCCCUGCCCCGGAUCCUCCGCUGUGCCGGCCGCUCCCCACCGCCCGCUUCUCCUGCAGCUUCUCGGGGCGGGUCUCCGGUGACAAGCACCGGCCCCGGAUCACGGGGAUUUGCCCCCUGGGCCCUAGUGAGCUGCUUCUGGCCGACGAGGAGAACCGCAGCCUCAAGUGCUUCUCGCUGCAGGGGGACUUCCGGGACGCCAUCCCGGUGCACGGGGGCGCGGCCCCCUGCAGCGUGGCGGCCGUGGGCAGCCGGGUGGCCUACACCGCCGGCUCCCGGCUCUACCUGGCAGAGCGGGACGGCGCCCUGGUCUGGCAGAAGGCCCUGCGCCCCACCCAGGCCAGCCACGCCAUCACGGCGGCAGCGGAGGGGGGCGCCGCCGUGGCUGUGAGCGUGGCGGGGCACCUGGAGGUCUACGACGCCCGGGGGGAGCUGGUGGAGAAGAUUUUCCCAGACGGGCAUGACCGUCUGGGCAUGGUGUUUGUGGCCGGCCGGGGCGGCCGCUAUGUGGCCUCAGACUGGCACCGACGCAGCGUGGUGGCGUUUGACGGCCAUGGGCAGCUGCUGGCGGAGCUGGGCGAGGAGCGGCUGGAGGGAUGCCAGCCGGGGGCCGUCUGCGCCGACGACAGGGGUCAUUUCUACGUGGCCCUGCGGGAGCUGAACAAGGUGAUGGCGUUCGGGCCGGGCGGAGAGGCGCUGGGGCCCUUCCUCACCACCCGGCAUGGCAUCGAGAGAGCCUGCAUGGCCACCGUCACCGGGAACGGGCACUUUGCCGUGGCGCUGAGCGACGGCACCGUCCAUGUCUUCCACAUCCAGUACCCGAGUCACUGAGCGGGGGAGUGGGGGGAGCACAGGGCGGGGAGAGCUGAGACGAGUGUGUGUGUGCGUGUCUGUGUCUGUGUGCGUCUGUAUCUGUGUCUGUGUGGGCAUUCCUAUGUGUUUUAGUGUGUGUGUGAGUAGAUGCAUUAGUGUGUGCAUCUGUGUGCAUGUGCGUGUAUGUCUGUGUC